CGUCUGACCAUGGCCGUGAGAGCAGCUUCGGACUGACCCUCCGCGAGACGACCGCGCCGUGCCGAGUCGCGCCGUCCGCGCCAGUCGAGCCGGCUUACAGUGUGUUGUUUUUGCCGCGUUUGCUCUCCGUUGCACUGAUUGCGAACCGCGUCGUGCGUCUCGCUCUUCGUGUUCGAGCAGCCCUUCGUGCGUCGCGUGGUGCAGCAUCAAGCUCCGUCGCCGCAUCACUUGCGGUCACGUCGCCGGCUCCUCGGCAGCGCGGUCAAGCGUGGCCAGCACCACCGCCAGGCCCAGGACCAUGAUGGCGCGGUCGCCGCUCAGGAACGUGAACGACAUGGUGCUGGCGCUGUUGCUGCUGCUGGCGGGGGUGGGGCCGGGCGUGGGCCCGGGCGGGGCGGCGGGCCAGCUGGCGGCCAAGCCCACCAGGGGCCCGCACCCCAGCUCGCCCUGCCCCAGUGUCUUCAGCUACGAGGGCCGCGAGCCCGAGAAGAACCGCUGGUACGGCGUCAUCCUGGUCACGACGGACGAGGCGCUGGACGGGCUGCGGCUCAACGUGCGCCUCACGCACCGCGCGCAGAUCCUCGGUAACUUUAUCGGGGACGUGUCGACCAUGGACAACGUCGAGUUCACCAUCCUCAGCCUGAAGGAGAGGCUGUCGCCCGGGCCGCCACUGCCGGUGAGGAUCUUCGCGGCCUUCGGCGACCGCGACGACAUCCCCUACAUCGCCAACAUCAAGCUGAACGGCAGGACCAUCUGCGGCAACAACAACCCCGUCCUCGGCCUGGACACGCUGUCGCGGCCGCAGUCCACCCAGUCGUCCAGAGUCCAGAAGCCACCCCUCAGCCGGCCGGCGGGGGUCGGAGGAGCUGGGGGUGGCGCUGGAGGCGCGGGCAGCGCGGGCAGCGCGCAGCAAUUCGACGAGGAGGUGCGGCCCCGACCUACGCCACCGCCCACCACGCCGCGCCCCACGCCGCCGCCGACGAGGGAGACGGCCACGCCGCAGGCCACCACCAGGUCCACGCCAGCCUACGACCCGGCGCCCAACGCCAACCCCGAUAACUACUACUCGCCCAGCUCGAUGGGCAGUCCCAACGACUCGCCGUCGUUCAGCAGCAGCAACAGGAGGAACCCCGAGCAGUUCGACGCCAAGCGUCCCGCGGCCGCGCGCCCCGUCGACGACGCGUACCAGCCGCAGCCCAACUACACCAGCACGACGGAGGGCGAGCGCGGCGUGUACCGGCCCACCACGGAACGCCACCAGAAGCCCACCACGGAGCGGCCCGCGCCCGUGUACACCACCAAGUACGCACCGAGCACGGAGCGCGACGCGUACCCGACGACGCGCACCACCCUGCCGCCGCGGCCGCCCGCGCCGUCCAGGCCGGUGCCAAGCUCGGCAGACCGAAGGCCCGCGCCCAUGGACGUGGACAUGUCGCCGCAGCCGUGGCCGACGUCCAACUACGACGAGCCGGCGUCGCGGCCGCGGCCUGACGCUAGGCCCGACGCCAGGCCCGACGCCAGGCCCGACGCCAGGCCGGCGCCGUCGCCGUCGCGGACGCGCAGCCAGCGCUCCACGUGCGGCACGGUGGCGCCGCCCGCCACGCCGCUCAUCAUCAACGGGGAGACGUCCAUCCCCGGCAAGUGGCCCUGGCACGUGGCGCUCUACAAGCCGCACGGCCGCGACUGGAAGUACCAGUGUGGCGGCUCCCUCGUCAGCCCCACCGUCGUCGUCACCGCGGCGCACUGCGUGACGACGACCGUGGGCAGGCCCGUCGGCCCCGAAUCGCUGCUCGUCUUCCUGGGCAAGCACGCCCUGAGGACGACCUCCGAGGACGGCGUGCAGGACAAACACGUGUACUUCAUCCACGUGCACCCCGAGUACAACUACACCAACUACCGCAACGACAUCGCCGUGCUCAUCCUGUCCAGCCCCGCCACCAUCACGUCGGCCGUGCGCCCGGUCUGCCUCUGGGACAAGGAGAAGACGGACCUGUCCAACGUCGAGGGCAAAUUCGGCACGGUGGUCGGCUGGCGGACGGACCUCGCCCUGCCCGAGUCAGACAAGGUGGUUGGCUGGGGCAUCGAGACGGACGGCCUGCUCACGGAGGAGCUGCACCAGGCCCUCAUGCCCGUGGUGUCGCCCGCCAUCUGCGUCUACAGCUACCCGUCCUUCUUCGGCGUCUACACCAACAACCAGACCUACUGCGCGGGCUACUCGCCGGACCAGCCAGCCGCAGGGACGAGCGUGUGCAACGGCGACAGCGGCGGAGGCAUGUUCUUCAAGAGGGACGAGGACGUCCCCGACGACGAGGCCGUGUGGAUGCUGCGCGGACUGGUCAGCCUCUCGGUGCGCACCAAGCAGGACCGCUGCGACCCCAGCCACUUCGUCGUGUUCACGGACGUGGCCAAGUACGUCGACUGGCUGGAGAACUUCCUCAUUCCCUGAACGGCCUGAGCGAGCGAGCCCUCUCCUUCGAGGGCUGUGGACGGUCCAGUGAUCUGUGAUGCGCGGCUUCAUCCGCGUCUUACUUUUAUUUUAGUUUUUUAGGGGGAGCUGUCCAUUCAACCUAACAUGCACCCUUCCAGCCUGCAUCAGUUUCUUACAAUGUUAUCACGUUUUUUGUUUGCAACGUCGUUUCGCUCGAUGGAAUGCUUUCUUUCUCAUGUUUGCCAUUUUGUUUCGGGACGAUUUUUUAUUUAGUCCUAUUAUUUAUUGUUGCACAUGAGUCAGCCUGAACGAUGGGUCACUUUUGUUUUUUGUUGAAUUUCCUGGGUGCAUUUUUUUUUUCCAAAUGCAUGCCCUGUGCACUGCGAAUCCCCAGGUGAAAAAGUCUGAUGAAAUGUGACGGCAGACUUGCGUGGUAUUAUAGUGUGUUGAGGAGGAGUGUGUGUGAUAUUCAGUGUGAAUGUGUAUUUAUGUAUGAAUGUGACAGUAUGAAUGUGAUGAUGGAAAAAAAGGAUCGUGUGAUAUAUUAGAAACAACUAACCGCAUUCGAGUUAGUUAAAAAAAACGACACAAGUUAUUUACCUUGUUCCCACCGCAAUGUGUACUGAUUUAUUUAUUGUUUAACGCGGUAGUGGCGCAGUACGCCACAUUUUUGUUACGCGUGGACUGUUUCAAACGUGAUUAGUACCGAAGCCCUAGGGCCAGAGCUGUUGGUUUCACUGUUGACUCACUGCUAGUCUCAAAACUCUUUUCUGUUUCCCUUGAGGAAAGUGUUCAAAGUACCAUUCGAAAGACUGCAACCUAAAACAGCGAUUGUCUUCGAACUUCAACCUAAAACGGAUCUCUUGAAAUAAACAAAGUACCUCAACAUAUAAGUUGGAGAGAACAGAAAUUAUUAUUCACAAUUGAGAGUACGUUCAAUAAAAUCUGCCCAUUUUAAUGAAAUA